GGUCGAGGCCGUGCCACGUUCGGAUGCAGAUCAUCUAAGACAGCUGGAUGGUCUUGGGACUAAUGCAGCGACUGGAGAUGAGAUGCAGCUGAUGCAGCUGGACGAUGGCGAAGAUCUGGAUGCCAUUCAUGAACCUGACCCGAAAAGGCAAAAAAUCGCUGAUGUUGGACCGACUCAUUUGAAUGAGGAGACCACGGUGAAUCCAAUUGGAAAGACGAAUGGCCUUGACCCAGAAAAAGUUGCCACCUCGGUCCCAUACCCAAACCAAACCGACGGGAAGCAGCAGUUGAGAGGGGGUGCAAACUGGUUCAAAGAGAAGCUUGCGAUGUCAGGUUUGCGAGCGGUGAUUCAAAAUUUGCUGCCCGGAAAUCAUGGUCUAGAGGAUGCUAGCGCCAGCGGUGUUCGUCAGAUGUUGAUCAGGCAUUCGCUGAUUCGAGCCUGCAAUUGCCACGUCGAAGUUUCUGCAGAUUUGUCGACAGCAGACAUUUUUGCUAAGGGUUGGCAGGCUGCAUUUGAAGCCAAAAAGCUAUUUGGCCUUCCGGCUGGCGAGCUUGAAACAACCCUUCUGCAGCAGGAUGCUGGUGCUAUGCCGGACGGCUGUGAGGAAGAGGAGAACCUGGAGAGUGUCGAAAUGAGUUGGGUUAGGCAUGCAGCCCAUUGGAGUUUUUCGCACGACACGGUAAGGCCCUCCUACAUAGAUCAAAAGUCGCAGUCGCUGCAACCGAAUCUAAAGUCAUGGACCUUCAAGCACAAACUUGACCCAGUUCAGUCAAGGGCAAUUGCAUGUGUGGAGAAUGAUGAGUCUGUCAUGUUUUGCGCGCCCGCAUCUGCAGGCAAAACCGUCGUUGCAACCUAUGCCGUGGCUAUGGCUUUGCAUUGGAAGAAAAGAGCCAUCUACACAACACCUAUCAAGGCGCUCUCAAACCAGAAAUUCUUGGAACUUGGAAAAGCCUUUGGUGGCCAAUAUGUUGGAAUAAUGACAGGCGACACUGUUAUAGCCACUGAUGCUCCCAUUGUUGUAAUGACACUGGAGAUUCUGCAGAGCAUGCUGUACAAGCAGGCCAGAGAUCCCAAUCUCCUUGACGAUUUUCAGUGUGUUGUCAUUGACGAAGCACAUUUUCUCGGAGAUCUUGAACGGGGCUAUGCUUGGGAAGAGGUGCUAAUCCUUUUGCCUCCUCAUGUAAAGUUGGUUCUUUUGUCCGCGACAAUGCCUAACGCCCGAGUAAUUGCAGACUGGUGUGCGAGAAUCCGGACGCAGCCAAUGCAUGUUGUCGUGACUGAACAAAGACCCGUUCCGCUCUCACACGACAUCUUCAGAUGUGGCCCACCAGAUUACUUUGGUAAGAGACGGUCCUUCUUCAGUAUCAUGCGACCACCGAAGAAUCGCUUCAAUCGGCGGAACUUGAAGGAGGCAGUGAGGCAGAGAGCGGCCAUCCUGCAGGAUGAAGCAUGGCGAUGCCCACCCGAACUUGCACCACGUCUCAUUGGGAAGAAGGGUCAGAACGUGAAGCGCCUCAUGUCUGGAUUAUCAGCGCAAGUUGACAUUGAUGGAGGAGUCAUUGAGGUGAGGGCUGCUGACAGCAAGGUUGAGAGAGAAGCCCAAGAACGAGUCAGCAUCUGGCUGAUAAGUCAAGGUGUACCUGAGGCAGCAGCAAAGCCUCCAAACUCAUCCAGUGACCCGUUGUCUCUGCGAGUGGAGGAUUUGGAGCGAUUGCUUUCGCUGCUGAAGUUUCGAGAUGAGCUUCCAACCAUUGGAUUUUGCUUUGACAAAAGGAUGUGUGAGAGAGUUGCUCUGCUGUUGGCCGGAGCAAAGCGCAUGGAUUUCUCCAACAACGCGACCAAGCAGCAGAUUCACAAGAGGCUAGAAGGAAGUCUGGCUCAUCUGGAUCAAAGAGACAAGCAGCUUGCGCAGGUGAAGAAUAGCUGUGAUCUGCUGGUGCGCGGUAUCGGGGUCCACCAUGGUGGUAUGCUCCCACUUCUGCGUGAAAUGGUGGAGCUGCUUUUUGCAGAUGGCCUUUUGCCGGUGAUCUUUGCCACUGAGACCUUUGCAAUUGGCCUCAACAUGCCAGCGAAAUCCGUGAUCUUCACAGAUGUGGUGAAAUUCGACGGGCGCGCCCGGCGCUUGUUGAAGCCAGGCGAGUUUCGGCAGAUGUCCGGCAGAGCGGGACGGCGGGGCUUGGACUGGGAGGGACACGUGUAUGUCAUGCUGCACAGUGACCGGAUCAUGAGACAACCAGCAGAGCUGAUGUUGACACAACUCUACACUGAAGAACCUUCACCAGUCGACAGCUGUUAUCGUGUCCGGUGGUCUUCCUUGCUACACCUGAUCUCGGCUGGACCAGCUCAUCUCUACACAAUGCUGCAUCGAAGCUUGCAGAGGUUCACUGACCCCAAUGCUGCGCUUGCUUUGCAACAAGAGGCAACUCGAAUGGUAAAAGUUCUGCAAGAGCUUGACUUCAUUGACCGCUCAGGUGCCCCUCUACCGAAAGGAACCAUGGCUUGCCAUUUGUUCGUGCCUGAAGACGCUUUGCUUGUGGCAGAUGUCAUCAUUGCAUUGAAGGGGUUUGAAAAAUUCACCGCGCCGCAAGCCUUCGCCAUUUGCGCUGCCUUUGUCACUGAAGGGCCCUACAGCGACCGCACCAAGAUCUCUGACAAAGUCGUCCGUGUUGGCCUCCAAAUCUGCCGCAGGGUGGCACGGAAGCUAGCUUCCAAGCUCCACUUUCAUCAGCUUCCAUGUUGCAAGACUUGUGGGCUGAAUGCAUCCGGUUGCGAUGGUGAAGCCAUGAUCAAGGCGCGGUUGAAUCCCCAGCUCUGCGAAACGGCCUUUCAGUGGGCCUCCGGACAAGACUUCACAGCAGCAGUGCUCAGCAGUCGUGUUGCCACGGGGGGCGAAGGUGUGGUGACGCGGACGCUUCGGAGACUUGAUGAGCUGAUGCGUGAAGUCACCUUCGUGCUUCGACAUGAUUUGGCAUCCCCGGAGGCGGCGCAAGUCAUCCAGAAUACUCGGCUUUUGGCCCGGCGUGGUGUAUUGGCUGCACCCUCGGCGUAUUUGGGCGAGGCAGAGGAUCGGGUGGCAGAGGAAAUCGAAGCAGAACCGCCGUGGCCAAAACCCAUGCAGCCUCCGGGCUUCCGAGGUGACUUGGAUCCCUUGGACAUUGGUUUCAGUCAGAACACUUGUGGUGCCAAGUUUCGAGCGCCUCCCGUGACGGGUGGUCCAGAUCACAUCUUGGCUUUUGCCAAAGAACUGUGUGAUGGAAGCAUCCAUCCCAGUGACAUGAAACCGUUGAACAUCUAUUGGUUUCGACAUCGUUACUAUUCCCUGGACAAUCGCCGACUUGCAGCUUUUCGACUCUUUCGAUUGAAGUGUGAAGGUGCCAAAGUGCCUGUGAUUGUCUUGAACCGGCGACAGGCUUUAGAAGAACUGUGGCUCAAGAAGUUCUCAACAGGUUUCACUGGAGGUCAGAAGAUUCGCAUCACCCAAACGGAUCGUUUUGUUGGGAUCACUCGUGAGCAAAGCACCUUUGGUUGCAGCCUAUGGGAUGGUGAAGGACGGACAUUCCCCAUGGCAAGGCUCCAAAAUCUGGGUGUUGCUUGACCACAGAAGGUCCGGACAAAA